UAAAAGGGAAACUAGCAGUUGAAUCAGGUUCUGGGAACUUCCAACUUUCUAAUUUUCCCACUCUUUGCGCUAAUUGCUUAGCCUUAAUACAGACAUGACAGAUUGCUUUUAAGCAUUGUAUACAUAAUUGAACAUCACCGAUUUUCCCUGAUAUUCAGCAUUGAAUGUACAGGAUGUUCUACAUGAGGGACUAACUCAACUCUCAUUGGUGUCAUCUUUAUCCAGAGAAGUCAAAAUAACAGUAUAAAUAUAAUUGCUAGACUUAACCAUCAUUUUAAUUAUUGCUCAUAACAAUUGUGGUCUUCAUAAUAUGGCAGCUUUAAGAAAAGAUAGAAAGAAGACUUCUGAUUCUGAUGACAUUGAAAUCAUUCAAGUAGACAAGGCAUCGAUAGAUGAGAUUGAUAAAGCCAGAAGAUUACAGUUACCUGAUCAUUUCUACCUCAACAAGGAGAAUACACCUGAUGAAGUCUGUAUUGACUGUGAAAAUUAUAUACCUGAACAAACUAAUCAUGAUAAACAUACAGAUGAAGUUAUAUUUAAAUAUACAAUUGAAGAUAUUGGAAAAUUUAAAAGGAAACAGCUAAGCCCACCUUGUAUGAAAGGGAAUCUUUCAUGGAGGCUUGUUGCUAAACCUCGAUGGAAACACAACAAAAAAGGGAAGAAAUCUCUGAGUGUAUGUCUUCAGAACUAUUUAGGUAUAUUUCUUCAAUGUGAAGGAGAUGCAAAUUCAAGGACCUGGAAGUGUGAAGUAGAUGCAUCAAUAAAAAUUCUUAAGCACAAUAAUGAUGAACCUUUGAUAAAAACAAUUCACCACUUGUUUUGUAGUGACAAGAAUAUUGAAGGAUGUAGUAAAUUUAUACUAUGGAAUAAGUUAGUGAAUCCAGCUAAUAAUUAUGUGAAAGACAAUAAAGUAACAAUUGAAGUAUGCAUCACGUCGGACAUCACAACUAAUGGAAUCUCAGAAUCACCUGAAGAAAUUGGUUCAACUCCAUCUGCAUCAUCUAGUACCAACAAUACCAGUGGACCAUUAAUUCAAAACUGUAGUCUAUUACGGCAACCAGGUUUAGUCCAAUCAAGUCUCACAAGUCUAAGCUUGAUACAAACCAUCCCUGGCUACAGUUCAUACAUACCACCACUAAACAGUAUACCAAGUCCUAGAUACCAAGGCAGCAUCUCAACAACAUCAGGAUAUACAAGCUACGUCCCAACAAGACCAAAUUACAGACCUACAAGUUCCAGAUAUAGCCCACUUAGUCCAAGCUAUCAACCUACAAGCCCAAGUUACAGUCCAGCUAGUCCAAGCUACAGUCCAACUAGCCCGAGCUACAGUCCCACUAGUCCAAGUUACAGUCCAACCAGCCCAAGUUACAGUCCAACUAGCCCGAGCUACAGUCCUACAAGCCCAAGCUACAGUCCUUCAAGCCCAAGAUACAGUCCAACAAGACCAGGCUACAGUUCAACAUGCUCAAUCUAUAGACCAACAAGACUAAGAUACAGUCCAACAAAUCCUAGAUAUUGUUCAACAAGACCAAGUUGCAGUCCAGCUAGUCCAAGUUAUGGUCCAUCAAGCUCAAGUUACUGUCCAAGUCCUAGCUAUAGUCCAACAAGUCAAGGUUACUUUCCAACAAGCCCAAGUUACAGUCCAGCUAGUCCAAGUUAUGGUCCAACAAGCCCAAGUUACUGUUUAAGUCCGAGCUAUAGUCCAACAAGUCCAAGUUACUGCCCAACAAGCCCAAGUUACAGUCCAGCUAGUCCAAGUUACGGUCCAACAAGCCCAAGUUACUGUCCAAGUCCGAGCUAUAGUCCAACAAGUCCAAGUUACUGCCCAAUAAGCCCAAGCUAUAGUCCAGAUUAUAACUUCUUGUAAUGGACAAGGUUCACUUAUGGGGGUUAUAUCACAAAAUGGCCUUAAAUAUCAACUUUAUCAUAAAACACCAAAAAGGUAGUAAUUUGGUUCUUUUAAAAAUUGGUCUAUUUCAAAAGUCUAAAUGCUAAAUAAAUCAGUUUUUUCCAUAAAAGUACUAAUAUUAUCCAAAGUAGGCCCAUUUUGGAUAUUUUGUCAAAAUUUGAUGUUUUUGUGCAGUUUCAAGAUCUUAAAGCUUUAGGAAAACCUUGGCUGCCACCAACGAUCCAAAAUGUUUGUAACCAUCAAUAUAAACAAGAAUUAUCUUUAAAAAAGAUAUCCGAUGUAUUUAAAUUUGAGUAUAUGUUUAAAACUAUCAUUUUGAAAACCUUCAGAAGCACAAUGGCUUAAUGAUGCAGGACCUCUUUAAUAAAAUCUCCAUCUGAAUGUAACUACAAGAAAUUCUUUACUAAGUCUGGUUAUAUUAAGGCAUUUAUAUAUAACUUGUGGAAUAUUGUGAUGACACCUAAAAAUUUUUUUGGUCAAAAAAUCUAGUGCAAAUAAAAAGAAACAAAUAUACAUUUACUAUUGUUUGCAUUAAACUUAAUUCAUGGUUAACAAAGCUCAAACUAUUGGUAGUAUAAGUAGUAUCUUUCUGUUUACAUGCACCGAAACCCAGCAGAAAUCUCACAUGCGUAGGUGCGUUCUAAAAGUCAUGUACGUUCGUACAACAAAGUUGACAUUAAAAAUCAUGUAAUUGUCCCGAAUAAACAGCUGUCAUGGAUGCAAAGAGUUAUUGGAGAAACAAUUAUAAUAAAAAUAUAAAUCUUUGUAAGAUCUAGUUAAAAUAUUUUUAGUUUUUCACUUGCUUUCAAUCACUAUAUAAUUUUCGAGACGUUUUUUCAAACACAACCAAAUCACCCACCAUGACAGCAUUUUAUCCAAUCACAGAAAGGAUUUUCGAGCAUGCGUAGUCUGUUGCCAUAGUGAAGCGUCCUUAAGUUCAAAGUGCACAAACCAAAACUAUACCGACUACGUCGCAACAAAAAAUAGGAUUGUGGACGGCAGUCAAGGUUAAUUAUGCCAAAAACAAUCAAAAUUAUGGAUUUUAUUUUUUACCAAAAUUUACCUAAAAUACAAUAAUGUUUAUUUCAGGGAUCAUAGCUUUAUAAAUUUUAAGGGAAGGUGAAAAAAAAAAAUUUUUUUUGUCUUAUAGUAUUAUUGUAAUUUUUUUGACCGAUUUAAAAUAUAAAAAAGAUUUUGUGCCAAUUAAGACCCUUCUUGAACCUUCUCCUUUUUUCACAAAUGUUUUUUUUUUACUCCAGCAGACGGAGUCUGUAAGGACAGCUGUUAUUAGAUGAGAACAGUAUUUUGAUAUUCCAACAAGGCCAAGCUACAUUCCAACAGAUUACCCAGUAAGGUCCAGUUUACAGUCCUUUUUAUUAGCAUUCCAUUCACACUCUUCUAUAUUCAUCAUCCAUUAGUUGAUAAACAAACCUGCAACAUGAACUAGACACAAAAAAUAUUGAAUGUUAUAAUAAAUAGUUUUUCUUAAAAUGUAUUGAAUUCCAGGCAAUGUUUGCCAUGAUUUGGAUAACAGUAGUGUCACUUUUAUAGACUUAAUUGAUAUAAAUGCAUAUUCGUAGCCAGG